AUGUCUGGCGGCGUAAUUUCAAAUGAAAAUGAUGACAAUUUCUCAGAUGUUUCUUCAACUUCUUUAGCAACUGAAGAAGAUUCCAAUAUAACAACUCGCAAGUCGGAUGUAUGGGAAUUUUUUUUUAAAGUCCAAGAUGAAGAAACUGGACUAACAACAAAUGAACAUAAUGAGACGCUUACCAAAUCAAAUUUCAUAACCAAUGCUGUGGGAAUUGUUAAUUCCCAACAUCAAAAAUCUAAUGUAUUUAUCUAUAUUACCGCAUUUUAUCCAAAAGAUAUAAAUAUGACAAGAGACAAAGUUGAUAAUGAUAAAAUUAAACUUAUUAAGCUUAUAGCAUCUAAUAUAUGCGUGAUUAAUCUUGAUGAUAAAGACCUUCCAAAAUCUUCAUUAUUCAUUACAUUGAUUGGUAUAACAUCAAAUAAUCCGGAUAUUGAUUUGGUCUCUUCAUCUUUAUCUUAUAAAGCUUCAAAUUAUACUUGGGAAAAAAAACAAGUAAUUGAGCAGUCAUCAUCAUCAGUUCCAUCAGUUACUGAUAUAGCUAAAUCUAUUUUAACAAAUGCAAAAAAACCUAAACAAAAAGGAAAACGCAAAGCAUCAUCAACUUUAUCAGGAAUUGAUAAAACUCCAAAACUUGCUUCCUUAUCAUUAUCUUCUUUAAAUACAGAUAUAAACCCUCAAAAUGAAAUUCAAUCAACUCAACCUGAAGAAAAAAAUGAAUAA